CAUUAACAGAACUUUUUCAAAUCUUGGAAAAUGCCUCCAAAAAAGAAACCAGGGAAGAAAAAAGGAAAAAAGUCAUCAACUUCCUCAAAAUCAAAGACACCCACCAUAGUUGAUGGAGUUUCAACUGCAGAAAUGACUAAGGAAGAACUCGAAGAGCAUAUAAUCAGACUAAGAGAAGAACUAGAGAGGGAGAGGGAGGAAAGAAACUUCUUUCAAUUGGAAAGAGAUAAAGUGAACACAUUUUGGGAAAUAUCCAAGCAACAACUGGAGGACAGGUCUGCUGAACUUCGAAAUAAGGAACGUGAAAUGGAAGAAUCUGAAGAACGACACCAGCUAGAACUAAAAGUUUACAAACAAAAAGUUAAGCACCUCCUCUACGAACAUCAGAACAACAUUUCUGAAUUGAAAGCAGAUUCUGCAACUGCGAUUCGAAUUAAUCAAGAAGAGAAUUCACAUAUUCAAGGAGUACUUCGGAAAGAUCAGCAGAAUUUAAAGGUGCAGCUGCGAGAAACACAAUUUUCCAGCGAAGACAGUGUGAGAACUCUGAAAAAAGAGCAUGAACAUGAAAUGCAUGAAAUUAGAAAAGAGUUUGAGCGAAAAAUGGAGGAGCAAAAGAGGAUUUAUACGAAAAAUACUAAGGAACUCAGGGAGAAGCUUGACCUGCAAAGAAAAAAUGAGCUUCAUGAAACUGAAGAAAGGAAAAAUAACCACAUAAACGCUCUUAUGCGUAGUCAUGAAAAGUCCUAUGCUGAAAUGAAGAACUAUUAUAAUGAUAUAACUUUGAACAACUUAGCUCUUAUAAAUACUCUCAAGGAACAGUUGGAAGAAAGGAAAAAGAAUGAAGAACGCCUAGAACGUCGUGCGAAUGAGAUAGCAGCAGAAAAUCGUCGGCUCGUUGAACCUUUGAAUAAAGCUCGAGAAGAAAAUGUUGAAAUGAAAAGGCAAAUGACCAAUUAUGAGAAAGAUAAAGUUGUACUGAAGCAAACUAAAGUUUUGUUAAAGACUUCUGAAAAAGAAAAGAAACACAUUCAAUGGAAAUAUGAUAUUUUAGAACAGAGAUUUAAGCAAGUUGAAAAUGAACGUGAUGAUUUAUACGACAAGUUUGUUUUAGCCAUUCAAGAGGUUCAACAGAAAUGUGGAUUAAAGAAUAUCCUGUUAGAGAAACGUUUAAAUGCAUUAGCUGAAACAAUUGAAAAGAAAGAAGCGCAGCUAAGUGAAGUAUUAUCAGCAAGUAAUCUAGAUCCUAUUUCUAUGGCAACGGUGUCACGAAAGUUAGGAGAUAUUUUGGAUUCUAAAAAUGGUACAAUAAAAGAACUUCAAUAUGAAUUAGCAAGAGUUUGUAAGGCACACAAUGACCUCUUAUUGGCUUGUGAAGGAAAACUACAACAAUUCGGUAUACCUCAAAAUGAACUUGGUUUCCAACCAUUGAAAACUACACUCAACACUCAAAAAAUGGGUCAAGGGCCAGCUGGUCUAGUCUCGGUACCACCAUAGGGGAUAAUGUACCUGUACAAUGAGGAUAAAAUUCAAUGCUAACUGUGUGUUGAUUUUGCCGCGCGACAUCUAUUUGUAUUGUAUUAGUAUAUUUAAACAACGAUUUGAAACAAGUAAUCUUUUUUCUACUAUAUAACUCUAG